UGAGAGAACAGAGUAUUUGUUUAAAGCAUUGAAUGAUUCAGUGUUUGCAGUGUUUGGCUGUGAGAGGAGUGAACCGAUAGUACGGCUCUAAUAACACAAACACUCAUUUCAUUCAUUCAUUAUUGCAUUUUUGCGAUACAUUUGUAUUGUUAUUAUUGUUUACAACUGUAUUGUGUUGUCUUCUCAUAUCUGCAGUCAUUAUAAUAACCGUGUGUUUGACCACAAAAUGUGUCCGCAAUUGAUAUCGUUGUGAAUAAAGCGAUAGAUAUUAGCGAAUAAUCUAUUGGUUUGCGAUUGAAAUGGUAGUGAAGAGAGUGGAGAGAGAAGUGUUAUAAGUGUUGAGCACUGGGGAGGAGGAGGAGGACUGGUAGAGGACUGGUAGCCAAAAGCCUACACCAAAAUAAGUGGUGAUAAUAUCCUAGCAUUCAAUAUGUAUUGUGUUGUAUGUGUUGUAUAACAGCCGACGACAAGCACUCCUCUGUAUCGGAUCCGAUGGCCAGCGCCUGACCAUCACUACCACCACUACUCUCACCACUUGCACCAUAUCUUCAUAGAUAGGGUCUGUUGUCUGUUUGAAUGACAUUAAAAGUGCCAUUAGGUGUUACCACCACUACUCACAGCACAGUGAAAAUGGAUAUAAAACUACUGCACAAGAGCUCAACGUUUGGCAAUUUUAAUAGUCAUAAACUAAGUUUAAGCAAUUGGUUCUCGUCGUUGGGUCUAUCAAACAGCUCUCACACCAAACGCAAGAACUCAUCCCUCAAGAACUCCAAAAGUUUGAGCGUUGUUCACGAAAUGCCAAGAAUUGGUUCCGACGGAGAGAGUGAAGAGGCUUCCGGUGCAUCGGAUGAAGUGAUAUCACCGGUUACUAAAAGUCAUUAUAUCAGUAACAGUAAUGUCGGCAGCAAUGGAAACGUGCGGAUGAGGACACACCGCGCCCGACGGCUCAAUGCUCAGGACAUUAGCAAAAGACUUUCACUGCCGGCGGACUUACAAUUGCCCGAAAGCUUUCUCGCAAAACAAUCGUUAAGCCCAACACCCGAUGGACCCCUCACUCGGCAGAUGAGGAGACAGUCAUUGAAUGAGAUCGGUUUUGGAAAAAUGGAAACGUACACUAAAUUAGACAAAUUAGGCGAAGGCACAUACGCUACUGUUUUCAAAGGCAAAAGUAGGUUAACCGACAAUUUGGUUGCCCUUAAAGAGAUCCGACUCGAGCACGAAGAAGGAGCGCCCUGUACUGCCAUUAGAGAAGUAUCACUUCUAAGAGACCUAAAACACAACAAUAUAGUGACUCUUCACGAUAUCGUUCACACGGAGAAGUCUCUGACUCUAGUUUUUGAAUAUUUAGAAAAGGAUUUAAAGCAAUAUAUGGAUGACUGCAGUAAUUUAAUGAAUAUGAAUAACGUUAAGAUAUUUUUGUUUCAACUGUUGAGAGGACUUAAUUACUGUCACAGAAGACGUAUACUUCAUAGAGAUUUAAAGCCACAGAAUUUGCUCAUUAAUGAGAGGGGAGAACUCAAAUUAGCAGACUUUGGGUUAGCUCGUGCGAAAUCAGUGCCAACGAAGACCUUUUCCCACGAAGUGGUCACUCUAUGGUAUAGACCGCCUGAUGUGUUGUUGGGCUCAACCGAAUACAACACGUCAAUAGACAUGUGGGGCGUGGGCUGUAUAUUCUUCGAGAUGGCGAGCGGUCGGCCGCUAUUCCCCGGUUCCACCGUUGAGGACGAGUUGCACCUCAUAUUCCGGACGUUAGGCACGCCUACAGAACGCAAAUGGAAAGGGAUUACCAAAAAAGAAGAGUUCCUAUCAUUCAAUUUCCCACACUAUGAGCCCGAGUCCUUCCUCGAGAGAGUCAAUAGAGUGCCACGACUUGAUUCAGAGGGAAUGGAUCUCUUAAAUCGAUUUCUUAAGUAUGAGCCAAAGGCGCGGAUGACUGCCAGUGAGUCGAUGAGACACUACUACUUCUACAGCUUAGGUCCACAAAUACAUCGAUUACAAGACACUGAAUCGAUAUUCUCGAUCUCAGGCGUACACCUGAGCCGCGAUCCCGGCAAUCGGAUCCCAAACACAGGUGCCAUCUCUCACACCUCUCACUCUAAUUCUAAACACUUAACUCACUCUUACCGACACUCCUGUUAUCUCUCCUCACUUUAGCCCCCUAUGGAAGGCACAGACGACAGAGUCUAUUGCUUUGACACCUGUGAGGGGCUGUGAGUCUAACACUCUUUCAUAUUCAUUGGCCAUCACUUCGAAAGCCAAUUUAAAUGUCAUUAACACUAAAUACUAAAUCACUCCUACAUUUGUGCCAAUUCUUUAACACUUUUCUACAAUUAAUUCAUUUCAAAACAUCACUUAAAAUGAUAUUUAAGUUUUCAAUCGAUCCAAACAUUUGCUGAAAACACAUCAAACGAGAACACAUUUUUGUUGUUUAAUUGCAACAACAAUCCGAUCCCUGUAUUUGAAGCCAAAAAACAUUCAAAGCAUUCAAUGCUUAUUUCUUGUUAGAGUAUAACUCAUUCAAAAUUCAUGUUUUCAUUUGUAUUAUUAUUUACUUAUUUUUCUCGGUUUCUAUUUUAGUUUUUUUUUUCAGUAAUCAUUUGGUUUUUUAAUUGUAUUCUUAUUUAAUAUAAAUUUAUUUUUAUUUAAUUAUAAUUAUUAUAAUGUUCUCAAACACAAUAUCUGUCCCUUAAAAUCAAAAACAUUAGUCCAUUAACCAAAUCAGUUGAUCGCAUGUUUCCGGUGGUCAUUGGCUGCCAAUUGAAUUACCGAAGAAGUCAUCGGAGACUAACAAUAUUUGCACAACAAAUUGAUGCACUUUUUUACAUACAAUUUUAAAUUACGAGAAUUAAUAUUUGUAUGACUCAUAUAUAUUUAUACAUUUAAUUGUUUGCAAUAAUAUCUGCAAUGAUUGGCAACAAAUCGUUAACUGAUUUGUUAAUAAUGUAAGAGAAAGCGAGUCCUUCUGUGAUGUAAAAGUCGCUCCCAAAAUGGUUUGCCAUCGGAUUAUAAUUUCAAAUGCAAUGCUAAUAAUAUUGACGAUAUUUCGUCCCAUUUUUUGCUCAAUUAAUUGUCAAACAAACAAAUUUAACGAUUAUUUGAAUUACGG